GCUCCUCCUCUCGCGCUUCUUCUCGCUUUUCUUGGCUUAGGGGAUCAAGUGGUGAUGAUGUCAGGUCGCUUGAGGGGAGUUAUUUCGUGUCUGUGUCUUUAAACGAGGUGUUCAUUUGGUGCCAUGGAUUUGCUUCACAUGUCGACACAUGUCAUGUGAUGUAGAGGAACUUGAUUGUGAUUGAAACACUGACGGUUAGCUUUGUACUCUCCUCCAAAACCUUCCGGUUCAACUCGAUCGGGAAGGGACCCUUUUAAGUGAUCGUCUUUUUGCCACUACUUGCACUCGGACAGACAAGAUUGACAACAAAUCAAGAUGGAGGCGUCUGCCGCCGAUAAGACCAGCGUCGUCAGUUCGGAAGAUGGGGCCCAAUCCGUGUCCGUGAAGCCCAGCCCCUCUCAGGGGAGUCCAGUUCACAGCGAGUUCAACCUGGAUCUUUUGCACCAAUACUUUGCCGAUUGCCUCAAACCCGAUGGGCAGGUGGAUAUCGAUUUAUACGCUUUAGGCUUUGAGGAGAUCGUGAAGUUCCUCAAUCUCUUGGGCACGGUAUUUGGCUGGGUGGCCUCGGAUGUGCAUCAUAAACUGGCCAACAUUGCUCAACAUCGGAAAGGGUCGGCUGGGGCGCAUUAUGAGACUAUCAAUACCAUGGUGGACUAUGAAAUUAAAGAGAAACUUAUCAAACCCAAAGCCAAAGAGACGUCGUCAGGCACGAGAAAUCUCCUGCGACUUCAUCGCGCUUUGGAGUUCAUUAGCAAAUUCUUGCACGAUUUACCGGAAAUGGACAUGUCCGACAAAUGCUGCACGCACGCCCAAGCUGCUUACAAACAAACCCUAAUCAAAUACCAUCCCUGGGUUGUGCAAAAAGCCGCCUUGAUGGCCAUGCAUAUGCUCCCGACCAAGAUCGAUCUCAUUCGAAAUAUAUGUGAGGAAACUGACGAAGCCAUUGCUCAUGCCACGGAGACGCUGAUCAAGGCUGUGAAAGCUAUGGAUGAGGUGUUUAAUAAGACGCAGGAAAUUUACCAAGCCCAAAAUCUCUUGGACUUGCCUUAGCCCAUAAUGUGUCUGAUCACCACUCAAUGUCUAAUGAGGUUUGCUCGAACGUAUUGGUAAAUAUGGGUUUUCUGCUUCAUUCUUCUUCUCAGGAUUCCUGGUGAAGAGAAGUCGGAAAUACGUUGCCUUCCAUCGCUAUGAUAUUCCCAAUCGAUAAUUGGAUGUACAACGAGCGUGAUACCACAUUUGCAAUGAUUUUCCGUCAAGCAUUUCAUUUCUAACCCACUCUGGGCUCAUUUCGUCCGAACUUGAUAAGCUUUGUCAUACUUCCAUAUUGGCUACGAAUAACAGCCAAACUCUUGUCACUAUCUGUAGUUGUUUGAACAGUAAAAGGUUUUUUUCGUGUGCGAUACAUCGUGAACAGCCGAGUUAAAUUGAAUUCAACAUUUAGAUCAAUGGUAUCCGAAGAUGAUGAAAUACACUUUAUUGCCAACUCAGA